ACAAAAUAAAAAAUUUGGUGGGAGAUUGAAGAGAAACGCAAAGUUAGCGUAAGAACAAUUGUGUGCUGUCUCUCACUUUCACUUUCACUUUCCUUUAAUCUGUUUUCUUCUCUUAUCAUCUCUGCCAAACUCUGACUACUAAUACCUCAUCUUCUUCUUCUUCUUCUACUUCUUCUCCUCUACUGUUUUACUUAACGUGUGGUUCUUCUUCUCACCUUUCCAUUACCAUUUCUUCCUUAUUCCUUCAUUUUCUCCAUUAUUAAUUUCACCUUCCUCUCAUCCUUUCUAGCUUUAUCUCCAGGAUCUAAAGCUUGCCGACAACGAAACUGUACUAUGUGGAGCAUAUUAUCUCUUAAUCCAAUCAUAUUUUCUUCCCAAAGGUAAUAAAUAAAAUAAGUAGAAGAAUUAUUGAAAAAAAAUGGAAAUGAGUAAUAAUUUGAUACAAGAUUUGCAUGUAGCACAACAAAGAAGAAGAGAUAAACUUAGAGUUCAACAACAUUUUGAUGACAAUAACAACGCAUCUCAACUUUUACUUCCACCCGAAAUGCUUAAUUUUAACCCGUUUUCCAAUAUCCACCCUACCCGUUUUUUUGCUCCAUCUAGCUCCGAUUCAUGUGAUCCCAAUUGGGUACCAAGUUUUCAAAUGGAUUAUCCAAAUAAUGUUUCAAAUUGGGCUAAUUUUGUUGCUCAUGGUAAUGAUUCAAGUGGGCUUUCUUUAUCUUUAUCAUCUAAUCAAAUUUGUGGGUACCAAGAGGGUGGGGAUGGGGAUCCGGAUCCGGAUCCCCACCUCCAUCCCCGGGAUAUGAAACCGUUUGAGCCCGCGGGUAUUUCAUCUAUUGUUACCAAACAAUGCACUAGUCAAGUGCCGGAUAUGGGUGGUGGUUCGACUUCGAUCCAUAGUAUGGAUCGAAAUGUCGGGCCACUAGGGCCUUUUACGGGUUACGCAGCGAUUUUGAAGAGUUCUAAGUUUUUGAAACCAGCUCAAGUGUUGUUGGAUGAGUUCUUUAGUGCUGCUGGGUUAUGGAGAGGGAAUGAUGGAUCUGAGAAUGGCCAUAAUGUUCCAAAUAUUGGGAAUUGCUAUACGGGCUCGGGUUCGAAAACCCAUGGAUCUAAUGAUUUGAGUUGUAGGAGUUCAACUUGUGAACCUUAUAGGCCUGAUUGCCAUGAAAGGAAAGCAACACUUCUUAAUAUGCAAGAAGAGGUUUGCAAACGGCACAAGCAAUAUCAUCAACAAAUGCAGAUGGUGGUUUCAGCAUUUGAUUCGGUACCGGGGCUCAGUGACGCGACUCCUUAUAUUUCUCGAUCAAUCAAGACUAUCUCGAGGCAUUUCAGGUGUCUCAAGAAUGCAAUUGCUGACCAAAUUAAGCUCAUAAAGAGAGCAUUGGGUGAAGACAUUGCAUCUUCUGCCAGCUUUCUGAAGGGGGAUAGUAGUAAUAGCAGUAGUUUGAGAUUUGAUCAAAAUUUCGCAAAGGUUAAACCCGGUUCUGUUGGUGAAAUGGCUCAUGGAGGUCACCAAAACCAUGUUUGGAGGCCACAAAGAGGUCUUCCGGAGCGUGCGGUUUCUAUUCUUAGAGCUUGGCUCUUCGACCAUUUCCUUCACCCUUACCCAACGGACAAUGACAAACAGCUACUUGCCACCCAAACGGGCUUAACUCGAAACCAGGUCUCAAAUUGGUUCAUCAAUGCUCGAGUGCGAUUAUGGAAACCAAUGGUGGAAGAAAUACACAUGCUAGAAACCAAGGGGGGUUCACGAUCCGAAACACACUCAAACAAUACCGUAAUGUCGGUCAUUGCGAAAAAUAGAGAUCACGCAGCAGCCGGUAAUCAGUCAGGUUGCCAACCAGCAGUAAAUAUCGGUGCUUGUGAUAGUAAGCAGUUAGAAUGCAUGGAACCAUCGACAUCCCUCGAACGACCAAUUAGAGGCGAAACAACAAAUACCGAGCAAUUCUUUCAAAAAUGCUCUAGGAUUGGAAAUCAUCAUGUUCCAAGCGAGAUCGAUAAUUCAUUCAUCGGUUUCUUGCCUUGUCAAAGACAAGGACUUGAACUUGGUGGGUUGGGUGCUGUCUCGCUCACGCUAGGACUAAGGCACGGUUCAGAGACCUCUCAGCAACAACUGCAACACCAGUUCCUACCUCAAGGGAUGUCGUUUGGCGGUCACGUAAUUCAUGAUUUUUCGGGUUAAGAUCGAUUUUUAGAAAACCUUACAUGGUGUGUUCUCGAAUAGGCAUGGUUGUGGAUAAGUUAGUAUCUCAUAAUAUCGGAAGUAAACUGUGAGUUCCGAAAGUGGUAUUUACACUUCAAAUGCUCGUAAGAGCUAUCAUAAUUACAUGGUUAUGAUGUGUUCAUGCUAGAUUGUUCGCUUUCGAACUUAGGGUUCCGCUAUGUAGUUUCAAGGUUGUUACUCAAAUUUUGUUGUAGUCAGUACUCAGCAGAUGAGUAAUUGUAUCCUUGGAAUAGAAUGCCUUUUAUUUACAACUGCUUGUUGAUUACAUUUAGAUCAUUCAUUUCUUCAAUUCCAGAUUAGUGAUGAUUUAUAGAUGUGUAUGUCAUUUCAUGAGGAGUUUAGUACUUGUAUUACUAGACAAGUUCGAAAUUUGGUCGUUUCAAGAAGUCAAGAUGAAUGUAAAAACUUCGAGAGAUACGAAUCUUGUGUUGUCAAUGUUCGCAUCUUGCCCUUUUAUGAAAAAGAUUAAAUGAAUAAUAGUUGUACAUUUAGAUCAUUCU